CUGUAAUCUUCAUAUCGAUCUUAUAUUCAUACUUCACCCCUCUAUCGCCGCAGCCCACAAGACCGUCAGUCACCCCUACAUGGCCCCUCAGACUGUGCCCUGCCAGUACAAGACUGGAAAGACACUAGGAAGUGGAACGUACGCUGUUGUCAAAGAAUGUGUUCACAUCACGACCGGUGAAUACUACGCCUGCAAGGUACUUAAUAAGAAGUUCUUGAUGGGCCGAGAGCAUAUGGUCCGGAAUGAAAUUGCCGUCCUUAAGCGAGUUUCAGCUGGCCACAAGAACAUCGUUCAACUACACGACUUUUUCGAGACUACCCACAAUCUUUAUCUUGUCUUUGACCUUUGUACCGGUGGAGAGCUUUUCGACAGGAUCUGUGCCAAGGGAAGCUACUUUGAGAAGGAUGCUGCCAAUAUUGUGCGAACUGUAACAUCAGCCGUCAAGUACCUCCAUGACCAAGGCAUCGUUCACAGAGAUUUGAAGCCGGAGAACAUUCUUUUCAAGUCCAAGGCCGAAGAUGCGGACCUCAUGUUGGCUGACUUUGGAUUGUCCAAAGUAUUGGAUGACGAUAAAUUUGCCAUUCUGACUACUACAUGUGGUACCCCUGGUUACAUGGCUCCUGAAAUAUUCAAAAAGGCCGGUCAUGGUAAGCCUGUGGAUAUUUGGGCCAUCGGUGUCAUCACCUACUUCCUCCUUUGUGGCUAUACCCCCUUCGACCGCGACUCGCAAUAUGAAGAAAUGCAAGCCAUCUGCAAGGGCGACUAUCGCUUCGAACCUGUCGAAUAUUGGGGGGGUGUCUCUGAAACCGCCAGGCAGUUCGUGCGUGACUGCUUGACUGUCGACCCCACAAAUCGACCUACUGUCGAUGAAUUGUUAAACCAUCCUUGGUUGAGAGACGUUGAAGCCUCCAAGGACGAGCCCGCUGAGGCUAAGGGUGUUGACUUGUUGCCUAACGUCAAGGCCGCCUUCGAUGCCAAGAAGACUUUCCGCAAGGCAGUUUUGGGUAUGAUGGCUGUUCACAGGCUCCAAGAUCACAGUGCCACUAUCCACGGUCAGACCGAGGCAGAGCAGGAAAAGUUGAAGAAGGAAGUGGAAGCGUUCAAGGAAGAGGCGGCUCAGGAGGACGUGAAGGAUGUUAUCCAACCAGGUGCUCCCGCCUCCAUUUAAUUGUGCGAAGAGGUGUGCCGCGACUGCUGUGAAUUUUUCUAUCAUAAAGGACACGACUAGGCGACAAGUUCAAGGUCUACGAUGGUUAUAUACAUGAGAACCUAUCCACUGUUCACAGUCUGGCCUUAUAAUUGUCUUGGUAAGAGGGGACUAUCUCCCAACCAUUUUUUUAACCCCCGGCUUUGGUUUUGGUAUCCGCUUGCGUAAAGGUUAUAUUCAUACAUAUGUCUCAUUUCACUGUAAUUUCCCAAAUCAUCAUUGCAAAAGCCACUGGGAGGGGUAUGCACGUCUAACAACAGAAAAGCGUUAAUAAGUCAUGACACGACGCGUUUGCUCUACUAAC